AUGUCAGCCGUUCUGCAGGAGACAAUAUCACAACUAAAGCAUUUGAUCAUAACCCAUAUUCAGCAGUUGAACUACGAUUCAGCGGAGUUCUUCUCCGAAUUGUUGUAUGCCGACUGCUCGUGGAUCAACAACGGCAGCAACACGGGUGGUAAUACAGUAGAUGACUGCCGGGAUAGGUAUGAUUCGUUGUAUUACUAUGCAUUGACGUUAUAUUUGCAAGGAGAAUAUCAUUCUUCUAUUCAUGUUGUUAAGGAUUCAUUGAGAUCUCAUCUAGGGUGUGCGUAUGUCUAUGCGAGAUGUUGUUUAAAGCUUGGGAAACAUUACCAGGAGGCCAUUCAAGCGUUGGUGGUUUUGCAGGAUUGCUGGCAGAACGGUGUGACGAACACCACUGAUUUGUACAUGUACCCUGAUAAAGCGACAAUAUUAUCUGUGUUGGGCCAAUUAUCUUUAAAAUCGCAUCAAGAUAAAGAAUCGGUUAGUUUCCUUUCGCAGUCGUUGUCUACUAACAGCCAUCAGUUAGAGCCGCUAUCCAUCCUAUUUGAAAUGCGGGCAGAUCUCCAGACAGUUAAAUUGUUCAAACCUGUCAAGAAGUCGUGGAAGUCGAAGCAUUUACGAACAUCUAAUAUUAUUUCAAAGCCGCAAACUCCGUUUAAGAUACCGUCUAGGUUAACGACAUCUUCGGUUGCAGUUGCUCCAAAUCCUUUACUUUCUACCUCCAAUGUUAUAGUUGCCACUUCUCCGUCUCUGAUGAGGCGAUCUAAAUUUCUAAAUUCAAGUAGUAACACCACUUUAACCAAUAGUAGCAACAGCAAUAGCGGUAGCAGCGAUAGCGGUGGUAACGGCAGUAACAACAACAACAACAUCAACAACAACAGCAACAAUAAUAAUAAUAAUAAUCAUAAUAAUAAUAAUGUUAAUAAUAAUGUCCAGCAAUCUACUCCUCCUUCGAAACUUCUGAGUAUUGAUCAUAAUAAAAUAACGCCCGAAGGUAAAACUUCGCCAUCUCAGGUUCAAAUAUUGUCACACAACCCUGUUUCCCGGAGACCUUUAGAUCAGUUGUUAUACUGGAUGAUGAAAGCGUAUAAAUCAUAUUAUCGUUAUGAUUCUUAUAGGGCCAUUAGAUUAUUAAAUGAACAACUUCCGCCUCAUAUUUUACAAUCUAUGCCUUGGUGCUUAUCCUUAUUGUCUAGACUACACUUUGAGAUUCAGAACCACGAUAUGGCAUUAUCUUAUUUUAGCAAGUUGCGUCGCUUGCAGCCCACUAGACUCAAGGACAUGGAUGUUUAUUCUACUCUACUAUGGCAUCUACAUGAUAAAAUUCGUUUAGCCGAUUUGUGCCAUGAGUUAAUGGAACAAGAUGACAAAAGUGCCAUUACAUGGUGUUGUUUAGGUAACUUGUUUUCUCUAAAUAGAGAUCAUGAUGAAGCCAUUAAAGCAUUAAAAAAGGCUACCAAUCUCGACCCGCGGUUUGCGUAUGCAUAUACUUUGCAAGGUCAUGAAUACUCUAAUAAUGAUGCCUUCGAUAAUGCUAAAAUGUGCUACCGCAAAGCUUUGGCCAUUAACCCUAAUCACUAUAACGCUCAUUACGGUUUAGGUAUGUCUUGUAUCAAGUUAGGCCAAUAUGAUGAAGCAUUACUUCAUUUCGAAAAGGCACGUUCUAUCAACCCUGUGAAUGUAAUCCUGAACUGUUGUUGCGGGGUGGCCCUUGAGCGUUUGGGUCGUCGUGAGAAAGCUCUCGACUUUUACCAAUUAGCCUGUGAAUUACAACCAAAUUCGUCCUUGGCAUUAUUUAAAAAGUCCCAGCUAUUGUUCAAUUUGGGUCAGUACAGUAAUGCCUUACAGAAUUUUGAAAAAUUAGAACAGUUGACUCCAAACGAAGCACCAAUUCAUUUUCUAUUGGGACAAUUAUAUCAAAUAGUCGGAAGAAAAAAAGACGCCAUAACACAGUUCACGAUUGCUAUGAAUUUGGAUCCUAAGGGUAUUCAAUUGGUUAAAGAGGCAUUGGAGAAAUGUCAUGAGCAGGGCUAA